AUGCCAGGAGCCAGUGGUGGCGGUGGCGGAGGAGGAUCAAGCUCAAAAUGUCUACUGCACGCCGGACACCGUGGUGGAGGCGGUGGCGGUGGAGAGGUGGCGGUGAUGGAAGAGGAGACUUCUCGGAACGUUCCCGCUAGCGCCGGUAAAGAAGGUGGAACAACAGAAGUCGAACCUAGAACUACGAUUGGAACCGUCAAACCCGGUGGCGGUGCUGACUUCACCAAGACAGCGAUUCGCUCAGUUUCCGAUGAAACGAGAACUGCCAUACGACCGGUGUCAGAUUUUACAAAGACUGCCAUAGGACAAGUGGACGAAGCGAAAACUGCAAUUCGACCAGUAUCAGAUUUUACAAGGACUGGGAUGCCCUGUUAUGGUGACACAACGAAGACAGCAAUCCCUCCAGUUUUUGACGAGAACUGCAAUCAGACCAGUUAG